AUGAAAAACUCAUCAUCAAAAAAUUCUACGAAUAAAAAGCGACAAUCAACAAUAGUGACAAGUAGAUGUAAAGUUUGUGGAGCACCAGCUCAAUAUUCAUAUUAUGGUGCUGUUGCAUGUCAUGCAUGUAAAGCAUUUUUCAAACGAAAUGCUGAACAUGGACAGGAAGUAUUGAAAUGUGAUUGGAAUAGUCAUUGUGAAGUAAAUGUGAAUAAUCGUCACGUAUGUUCUUAUUGUCGACUUAUGAAAUGUUUUGCAAGUGGAAUGCAAACUGGCAUGUUUCGAUCAUUUUAUCAAAAAAAGAAAGAGACAAGUCAAAAAAGAAAAGCAAUGGACAGUCACAUAGAAACACCAUCAACAACUUUGAUUCCAUUGACUCAACCUGAACAGGUGAGAUUAUUUGAUUAUCAUACUUAAGAAUGGAAUUUCUAUUGGUAUGAAUAAAAUCUUACAAUUUGGAUCAUUAUUUAUCUCAAUCGAUUAUAGUCUUCUAGAAAAUGAUAAAACCCUAGUUAAUUUCAAACUGAAUGCCUAUGAAGACUUUUCUGUUCAAGAUUCUUCGAGAACCAUUGAGCAAAAACUUCUACAACCCCUAAACCACAUAGAAUUUGAUGAGCAGAAUAAUCGUCGUUAUAAAUACAGAAUCCUUCAAUGUUUCCCUUCUCAGAAAAGUUUAAAGUGUAAGAUUUUAUAAAAAUUGAGUGUAGGACAAUUGGACGACGUCAAUUGAUCAUAAUGCUCAAAAAUGCGAUUAAAAAGACAUUUUUAUUAGUUUUUCAAAGAAAUAAAUCAGAGAAGUCCACAAAGUAAUCAUCUGUCUAUCGAAUGACAAGGAACAUCAAAUAUGACUAUAAAUAAGAAUAGUUCAUAAAUUCUUCUAUUUGUGCAUGAAGUAUUUACAUCACAUCAAAUACUAGUUGCUUUAAAAUCUUUGCAUAACUCAAUAUAAUUGUUCAUUAUAUAGAGACUUUUAUUUGCUGCGAUUUUCAUUAUUUUGCGAUUGAUACAGUUUUUAUAUUCUCAUAACACUUCAAAAUAUCUAACAGGGAAAUGAUAAAAUACAAUUGUCGUUUACCAAUAUAAUUAUCUACUUUUCAGAUCCAUAACAAACAUCUUCAUUUUUUACAUGUAAAUCGUCUGCUCAGCCUCAUCCCCACUUUCACCCUCACACUGUACUCGGCUGUAUGAUUACAUCAUAUGUUUGUAAAUGGAAACUUUAUAGAAAGUGAAAUAGAACUAAGUUUCUGUUAAACAU